GGACUUGAUAAUUGGGUAGGAGCUACACUAGCAGGUUAAGAUGCAUAUGAUUGGGUUCAAGGAGACAAGUGUACUACUCGCUCCAAGUGGUAAAGUGGCCUGACUGCCCUGGUAAGGCAGGCUAUUGGAUUCCUAGUUGGGCUAACACAUGGCUGCAGCUUGCUCCUCAAGUCCACUGAGCUCGUGUGGAAGGUCUUUAUGAUCCCCGUGAUCGUGGUGGUCUUUUUUUGUUGACCCAACUCUCGGUCUUGGACGUGGUCCCGUUGAGGCCAUGCAGUAUCCCCAUAGCCACGCCUCUCCCGGAGACAUCCUCCUGGUCCUUGAAUGAGUGUGUUGAAGUCCAGACACGAGAAGUGUGCCUGACGAACGUGAGAGUGCGUGUGUGUGAAAACGAGCAACAUCCCUCUGACUUGAGACUUCAACCAAUUCCAAUACGACCCACCCCAAACCAGGCUUCACAUUUGAGAAGACUGCGCUCACCCAAUCCCUCUCUUAUUUUCCCAUUGCCAUACAAGAGUCUUUGAACAUAAAGACCAUCUUCCCCGCCCGUGGUUAGCAGAGUCUUAUUCCUUGUCAAUCCCCCUUGUCGUUGACCUCUUGCCCGUUGACCCUAUUCAGUCAUCAUGAGUAACUACCUCACAGUCGCUGAAGAAGAGGGCGAGGAGCCCAUCGAGCUUCCUUCCGAGGAGGAUGGCACCUUACUCCUCACAACCUUGACAGCUCAGUUUCCCGGUGCGUGCGGCCUCAAGUUUAGGAACCCAGAGACAAGGUCUUGGAGGGGGGUUCGACUGACCGAGGGCCGGUUGUACCCGCCUGCAGAUACUGGUUGGGGCACGCACAUUUACGUGUCCGUUCUGCCUAAAGAAUCUAUUGCAGCUGACAAGCGGAAGUCCGAGGAUCACCAGGAGAGUUCCACGGCCAAGAACAAGAAGUUGGAGAAGAAUAAGUGCUCCGAUCUGAUUGUCCUGGGCUUACCCUGGAAGACCACCGAACCCGAGCUCAGGGAAUACUUUGAACCCUUUGGUGAGGUUCUCAUGGCUCAGGUCAAAAAAGACAUCAAAACAGGCCAAUCCAAAGGAUUUGGAUUCAUUCGCUUUGGAAGCUACGAAUCUCAGAUGCGCGUUUUAGCUCAGAGACACGUUAUUGAUGGACGUUGGUGUGAUGUUAAGAUUCCAAAUUCAAAGGAGGGACAAGUCCAACAAGUGCCAUGUAAAGUGUUUGUCGGACGAUGUACCGAGGAGAUGACGGCUGAUGACUUGCGGGACUAUUUUUCCAAAUUCGGCGAGGUCACGGAUGUGUUCAUACCCAAACCUUUUCGAGCCUUCGCAUUCAUCACCUUCUUGGAUCCCGAGGUGGCACAGAGCCUGUGCGGGGAAGAUCAUAUCGUGAAGAGCGUGUCUGUGCACAUUUCCAAUGCAGCUCCUAAGACAGAUCCAACACGGCAAGCCCAAGCGGGUCACUAUCCACUGUCGAAACGCGACAAGAACCCACCCACUAAUUUUGGUCACACGGGCCCGUAUGGCCAAACCGGUGGAGGCAUGGGUAUGGUGGGAGGGGCCGGUGCCACUCAAUGGACCCCUCCUUCGCGGGCCUCCAUGGAAAUGCCCAACAUUCAGGCAUUGGGACUGUCCAAUAAUCAAGGCGGUCAGCAAUCGGGUAACAACCCCAUGGCCGGUAUGGCCGGACUGAACAUCAACGCCCUGCCCAUGAAUCCUGCCCUGGUGGCUGCCGCAUUGAACCAAGCCGGAUGGGGUCUCAUUGGCAAUCUGCAAGGAGGCCAGGGGCCAGGGGGAGGGCCGGGUGGGGCAGGUGGGGAACAUCCCCCCUUCCCCACUCCCACCUCCUUCAAUACACCGGGGGGCAACGUUACCACAACCCAAGUGGGAGGGGCCCACACAGGCAAUACCGGUGGGAACGCGAGUGGGAUCUUAACUGGAUGGGGGGCAGCUACGGGUCCAGGUGGAGAGGGUAUGCCAGCUCAAACCCCUCCAGGGACUGUGACCCCCCAACACCACCCGGGCAGUUGGCCCACCCAACAAAAGCGCGACAAUCACACAGGGGGAAGUGGCAGUUGGAAGUAUGGGGAAAUGUGAGGGACCCAGGUCGGUCUCAGAUCCUGAGCGAUCUUCAAGCCCAUGGAGCUAGGCCAAGUUUGACGAGGGGAAACAGUUGACCCCAUUGAGUACUAGGAGUGUUUUUUGAAUCUUUUUGUGUGCGGUUGACGUCCAGAUGGAAGAAAGAGUCUCUGACCAUACAGAAGAUACAUCCUAAAGAAAAAUCAAGUCUAUUGUUAUGAUAAGUAUGCAAGAGAAAGUGGAUGAACCGCCCCCUCCCCGUCUUUCCUCCCCUUUCGUCCCCCCAUGAUUAAACCCUCUUCAAACCGUUGAGACAAGGCACUUUGUCCGUCUCUCCGAGCUAAAAUGUUUGUUAAAUCUCUUGCCUUGGCAGUCUGAAAAGAAAUGGACUUUGACCCUCUUGCCUUGGUUGGUAAGCUGCCUUGGAAUCUAGCCUCCCCAUAUCCUAUCUUCAUGGUGCUGAUAGCUAUCAAUCGUAAGUGCGUUUUGCGUCCCGUGUCCGAGCCUCUUUUUUGGUUGGUUCCCUCCUUCUCUCAUGUCUCUAUCUGGCUUACCCUCCAUUUGAUGCUUAAAUGUCCUCAACUUCCCCCCCAAAAUAUGAAUGGCCUCUCUAUAAGAACUAUAAAUAUGAAAAGCAUGUACAUAA